AUGUCAACAACCACUACAACGACAUCAACUACAACAACUCAAUCAUAUGGUAGUAGCUUUGGAGGUGGCACAAGUACACCAGGCUUAAACAGUGAAUCAUUGGCAGCGUCAUAUAGUUACUUCAAUGCCAAUAACAACAAUCAAUCAAAUGAUAAUGAUAGUGUAUCAAGGACAAGUGGUGAUCUGAAUAGUAGUAGUGGGGAAUAUGCUCAUCAUUCUUCAAUAUCAAGAUACAACUCGACUACUAAUGGCGGAGACGCCGUGCUCACAUGUUGGCACGACCCAGAGUCACCCAGCUUUGCAACCUAUACCGACUCCUCUAUUCACUCAAACGAUCGACAAUGCUCAAACUACGCCGAUCGCGUCCUCUUCUCCAACAAGUACUACUAUGCCUACAUCUUUAUGAUCGGCAUCAACUUUGUACUCCUACUUUGGCUCAUUGUUAACAUUAUAAAGAAGCAAACGGUACUGCCGUCUCAUUGGUUAUUCGUGCUGUUGGAUAUAAUGGUCAACUUGGCGUUGUUGGCAGAGGUCACAUUGCAGAUAAUAUCACAACGUAGUCGGUACUUUACGUUGUGGUCCAAUAGGUUCGAUCUGUUUGUGUUGGUGCUGUCGUUGGGCGGAUUGCUCAUGUACUUGGUGGCACACAACACUGUCCAAUUCGACUACGAAGGCAUUGUUAUCAUAUUCUUGACGGCACUACGAUAUGGUGUGCAGUUCCUCAGACUGCUGGCGAUGAUCAAGAGUCAAAAGGCACGUGGAUCAGCAUUCAGCAGUCGCGUGGACUUCACCGAGUUAAAAGGAUCCGAUCUCUCCUUUGACGUUGACAACUCGCCCUUCUAA